GAGUUGUGGGAUAUAAUGCUGAAGUAAAUGGCUGGUUUAUAAGUGACUGUUUUCUCUCGUGCAAUCUACACCACCUGUCACUUCUCCGCAGGGACAAACUAACACAAAGAGGAGCAAAGAGGCACAGAAGCGCGUAAUUCCUCUGUGCGUCUUUCCCACGCCAUGCCUUUCAUUCUCUGACCAACAACCUCUUUGGAUGAACUUUGUUUAUCAUGAAGACCACGCGGAAAUGUCGCGCUCUGCUGUCCGUGGGUCUGAACCUCGUAGCUCUAUUUUUCUCCACCACUGCCUUCAUCACCACGUACUGGUGCGAGGGCACCCAGCGCGUGCCAAAGCCCAACUGCAGCAAGCAGCGGCGACACAACUGCAUCGACUACGGUGUUAACGAGACGGACCAGAACAAGGUGCACUACAGCUGGGAGACCGGGGACGACCGCUUCCUCUUCCGCCGCUUCCACACCGGAAUCUGGUACUCAUGCGAGGAGAACAUCCACGAGGCAGGUGAGAAAUGUCGGAGCUUCAUUGAUCUUGCCCCGGCGUCGGAGAGAGGUGUGCUGUGGUUGUCGGUGGUGUCGGAGGUGCUCUACAUCCUGCUGCUGGUGGUCGGCUUCAGUCUGAUGUGCCUUGAGCUUUUCCACUCAAGCAACGUCAUCGACGGACUUAAACUCAAUGCCUUCGCCGCCGUCUUCACCGUGUUGUCGGGUCUCUUGGGUAUGGUGGCCCACAUGAUGUACACUCAGGUGUUUCAGAUCACAGUCAGUCUGGGUCCUGAGGACUGGAGGCCUCACAGCUGGGACUACGGCUGGUCCUUCUGCAUGGCCUGGGGUUCCUUUACCUGCUGCAUGGCCGCCUCCGUCACCACCCUCAACUCCUACACCAAGACGGUGAUCGAGUUCAGGCACAAACGCAAGCUGUUCGAGCAGGGCCUGCGCGAGGAGCAGAACUUCCUGGAUCAGGAGGCCUUCCACUACUUUCGGGACCGCUCCCUGCAGUCCAUCUCCAGCACUGUGGAGGUCUACCCUGGCCACGGCGGAGCCAGAGGCGGGCUCAUAGUCGGGGGACCGUGUCCAGGGCCGGGACCAGGGCCGGGUUCUGGUCCAGGACGGGGCAACAGAGCCACUUCUGCCUCCAUAGACCUGGGGGAGAACACAGACUCGCUGGGGGAGGAGCAGUGCUGAGUAGCGUGGUGAAAGCUCUUUUUGGUUCGAACUGCCCAGGUGUUCUGCCACCGAACCCGAAAGCACAGCAGACCUUAUUUCCCGAAUGAGAUUGUUAACUUGACAAGAAGGGACAGAGUAGGUGUAAUAAAUAACUUUAGACAGGUGUGUUAUUUAUAUAUUAAAUGAGAAUUAAUAUAAAGUCUGAAAAACAGAGGUCUGGGAAUUAGGACACUUCUCAGAUGGAAAGUUCUCCAGCAUAUCUCAAGGUGCUAUGUGUAGAAUGAAAGCACAGCAGCCCUUUUUCCCUUUUGAAUAAGUUGUAACUAAAUAAAUGUUUUAAAGACAAUUUGACAAAUAUGUCCUUAAUAUAUAAAAUGCAAAUCACCAUUAAGUGUGAGAAACAGACAGAGAGAUCUUGGAUGGAAAGCAGGUGUUCCAGCAUAUUUCAAAGUGCUAUGUGUAGUAUUUUAUAGGAUAUGAUCAUGCUUUAUUGGCAGAUCAUGUCAGACAAAGCUAGCAUCCAUAAGUCCCCUUAAGUCCCCCUAAGCUGUUUCUAUGUUAUAUUUAUUCUAAAGCUAUAUUUGAGACAGAUAAAUAAGGUAUAAAAAUGAUAUUAGAGGAGAGUCUUGGUGAUAAUCUUGAAUAAGAGAGCAACUAAAAAUUGUGAUGCGGUAUAAUGCAUGCAGGAAGAGCAAAUUGGAGCUGUAGUUUUUGAAUUGUUGUUUAAACAUGUUAGAUGAUAGGUAUUUUACUGAAGUUUUACACUCUGGAUAUUGUCUCUCAUCCUCCCUCUGGUUGCUCAGAACAAAGGGGGGAGGGACUGAUUAAAAGGAAGCAGCAUGAUCUGCUUUGAAACACAAAAUACUACAGGUAGCACUUUCAAACAGGUCUUGUCCAGGUCAUGCCCUAUAUAUAACGCAUAAUGUGAAUACUAAUAUUGAUUUAGUGUUAUUCCUGUUUGUGGAAACGGAGAAUAAAUGUUUGAACUUCUUUAUUCCUCAGAAGCUUCGUGAUGGUUUUCGAGUUUGCAAGUGUGACAAGGGUGAAUGCCUGUUCUAAUACUAAAAGCAAAACAAGUCCUAAAAAAAAAAUCCUUUUGCUUUUUCUGUCCUCUAAUGCACUUUAUGAGUGCAGGUGUGAAUAUUUGCCUACAACUAGGUCGAGUAAGUUAGGUUUAGGCAAUACAACUACCAGAAUAGUAUUGGAAAAAUAUCAUGGUUUGAAUUGUGAAACUGAAUUUUGAGACCAGACUGACCAAACAGUGGUACAUUUAAAAGUUCUGCACGUUUAAGGUUUCUUUCUAGGUGCCCCACUUUAACUUGACUGCCUUUGUGUUGUAGACCAAUUUAAUUAAGCAAAACAUUUUUGACUUCAAACCAUAAAUCCCUCUCUCUUCCAUAUUUGGCAUUUCCCCCCUAACAGCUCUACUGCUUCUGCUAAAUUAGUUUUUCUUUUGUCAGCUGAUUUCUCUGACGGCAGGACUUGAAGCUCCUCCGUGUGGAGUUCUUUUUGGUGACAUUUUUGUUAAUUAGACUUCCCCCUCAAAUGAAGUAAUUUGAGGGCAUCCAGCAUGUUAAUGAUCAAAUGGCACAAGUGUGCACCAGCUCAUGAACAGGUGGGAUUCAUCAGGCUGAAACAAGCAAUUUAUGACAGGUUCGCUAGUUUGGAGAGCUUGAUGAAUGUGACUUUGAGCACAUAGACUGAGUUGUUUGGGGAAAUGAGUAUGAGUCUAACUGUCUUUCUUUAUACUGUUUUUGUAUCUUUAAAAGUAUUUAAAGGGGCCCUAAUAUGCUAUUUGGGCCUUUCCUGUAGUGUGUUAAUAAGGUUUUUGAGUAUGUUAAUUGUCUGCAAAGGCUAAAAUCCCAAAGUUCAUGCCAGAAAGAGUUUCCCUCCCACACAAUCCCCCCUUUCACGUGCAGUAUAUUAAAGUUAUUUAUGGACUUUGGGCACAUAUUGACACCAUGCAUCCAUAAAAUAAAUUAUUUGAGCACAAAGCUAAUUACAUAGGCUUUCACUCCCAUAUUUCGUGGAAAGUGACAGAUCUGUUCUUUGGCAGGGCAAUGGGUUAUACUUUUUUUAUUUGGGGCAGAACACAUGAUUGACAGCUCUAUCACCCUGAGGUCAGAGGUCUACCCUUUCUGAAAGCUAAUGUGCUCCAAUGGCACAGUGUCCUUGGGGAAACUGCUAGAGGGAAGCGUUGACCUCCGACCUCUCUGAAAAUUGACUGCAGAAAUGGGCUGUAUGUAAGUCUCAAGGGGAUGUACACUGCAUGGAGAAAAUAAAUCAAAAUAGUAAACCAGCACUAAAGUUCCCUAAAAGAAAAGCUGACAUUGAGUGGUUGUGUUAGCGGCUGACAUCUAUCACAAGUAAACAAACACUUGUUUCUGUUCAAAUAUAAAGUGAGUAUGCAAAAUAUUAUCUAUGAUUUUUCUCCAUUUCGUCCCUACUCAACCUGAACUGUGAUUUGGUCACAUAUCUUUAUUUACUGUAAGAAGAACUAUAAAAAUAAGUUUUUACAGAUAUAUAUAGAUGAUUGUAUUUUGAGAUGGGAAAGUAGCAAAACUAGACAAACUAAACAGAUCAUUUGUUUUUCUAAAUAAAUUAAUAAUGAAAGUACAUUGUUGAAUAUAAUCUUAUAUUUCUAAGAUGAUGAGAACGAUUUCUUUCAAAAUUUGAGUAAGAACAUCUGAUUUCUCGUUGAUUUAAGGUACAAUUAUCCCCCCCAAAAAAUUCAGAGAAAAUAUAUACUUUUUUCAGGUAACUACACGGAUUAAUAAUCUCAGACCAUCUUGGAUUUUCUUUCUGAGACUGUUACCUUCCUCCCCCAGCUAUUUUUUUUUUUGCAAUCUUGUCAGACUGACGUGGUUGUUCUUUCACUUUGAUUUUGAUGCAUUUACAAACACAAAGUAAUGACCUGAUAAAUAACCUUAAUUCACCAGCACAGAUGAAUGUCUGGGAUCUUUGUGAUGUUGAGGAUCAUGAAACUUUAUGAUGGAUGAAAAGGCUUUCUCUUCUCCUGCUGCGGUCACUACAGUUUCUCCCCACAGUGUGCUGCUCUGCCUGGGAAUCUGUGUGUUAUGUAAGGCGUGGCAGAUUGUAAACAGCAGGGAUUGAAUUGGCUAAGAGUUGCAGAAGUGAAGUUGAUGUCUAUUUGCUGCCUGUCUGUAAACUGCUGGGUUGUAGCAGGUCAUAAACCCUCUCUGUACACAGAAGUAAACAUGCUGCUGACGAUUGAAAAUCUGUUUGAAUGUAUUUACUUACAUAUAUUUAUCUAUGUAUUACACAUCCUGUGUCCUGUCUUUUUUCCAAUCAGACACAAUUUAUAUAAAUAUUUCUCCCAAAACAUUAA